AUGAAAUUCCUUAACACCUUUGUUGUUGUUGCCGUGUUAAUUGUUAAUGCUGUGGCAGAUGUUCGCUAUCGUGGCAAUGCUGUGCAUCCAGACUAUCCCAACCAGUGUUAUUACGAAGAUCUAAAACAACCCAUUCCCAAAAAUCAAUCCUUCUCACCCAUCAAUUUGGAGGAUCAUUGUGAGCGUAUCUUUUGCCGUUCGGAUUAUGUUUUGGUCAUGGAAUACUGUGGUCGCCAUAAUCUAGUUCCCAAUGCCACCUGCAGCAUUGGCCGUGAUCCACGUCAACCAUAUCCCGCUUGCUGUCCCACAUUGGUAUGCGAAAAUGAGAGCAAUUUUAUUUAG